CGCCACCGCAGGGGCUGGCAUUCGCCCCGGCCCCAGCACCGGGCGGAACCUUCCCGGCGCCCGCCCGGCGAGGCAGCCGGCACCGCGGGCCGCGGACCGGGGCGGGGCGAGAGCGGCGGCGGCCAUGUGGGGCGGCGGGGCGGCCCGAGCGCUCUCCCGCGCGCUGCGGCGCCGGCGGGCGGCGGCCGCGCUGCCGGGGGCUGCGGGCGACAGGUCUGAGAGAUAUCGUUCAGGGCUACAACAGGAAAAGACAACUGAAAUCUGGUAGUACCUUGCCUGUCUCUCUGACUGAAAUGAAAAGCAACAUGUUCACUGUGAAGCGGCCUUUCAGCACUUCACACUCAUCAGUGGAUUCAGAGGAAAUUAAAAAAUUCCAGCUCCUUGCACAUAAGUGGUGGGAUGAAGAAGGAGAAUAUGCAGCCCUUCAUUCUAUGAAUGAUAUUAGAGUGCCAUUUAUUAGAGAUACUCUGUUGAGCAUGAGUAGUAAUUAUCAUCUGGGAAAUCCACUUUCCGGAAUCAAGAUUCUUGACGUGGGCUGUGGCGGAGGACUGCUGAGUGAGCCUUUAGGUAGACUGGGAGCUUCAGUUACUGGAAUUGAUCCUGUGGAGGACAACAUUAGAACAGCAGAUCGGCACAAGUCAUUUGAUCCAGUCCUGGCCAAGAGAAUACAGUACAAGUCCAGUUCACUGGAGGAGAUUGUGGAAGAGUCUAUGGAAACCUUUGAUGUAAUUGUAGCUUCUGAAGUAGUGGAGCAUGUGGCUGACCUUGAAACGUUUAUCAAGUGUUGCUCUCAGGUGUUAAAGCCUGAAGGUUCUUUAUUCAUUACGACAAUCAAUAAAACACAAUUGUCCUAUGUCCUGGGAAUUGUGGUUGCAGAAAAAAUAAUGGGGAUUGUACCAGAAGGAACACAUGAAUGGGAGAAAUUUGUUCCCCCUGAAGAGCUGGAGCGCCUCCUGGAAUCAAAUGGCUUUUCAGUCAAGAGCGUGAAUGGGAUGCUGUAUAAUCCGCUCUCGGGCUCCUGGAGCUGGGUGGAGAGCACGAGCCUGAACUACGCGCUGCACGCGGUCAAGUCUGGGGCUCCGGCACAGGCACACGCCACAGAGCCCCUGCCAGAGACAGAUGUUCAACAGCGCUGGGCCACAGCUGGCACAGCUGGCACCAGCCCAGACAGCACUGUCUGACGUGUGUGGUGAUGGACUGUCACCAGAACAGAAAAUGAGCUUGUACUCAGAUGGACACAAUAAAACCUUUGCCAACAACAA